UUUCUCCAAUCUCAAGAAAAAAAAAAAUGCAAAAAAAAAUAUCUCCCUCGUUUUGCUCCGGCCGUUGCUCCGCCGCGCUCUUCCUCGUAAUCUCUGCCGUUCCUAUAGCUUACCUAAUCUCUUUAGAGCUAGCUGUUCCUUCUACUCACGUCUUCUCUUACCAUAGCUCCGGCUACUUCCGUGAGUGCGCUAAAUGGGACGACGUUGGUCGGCGAUUCCUAGUCUCAUUCAUGGACGGAGGAGGAGUCGGCGAGAUUGUUCCUAAAGAUUCCGACGGCGACGUUCUUGAAGAAGUCACUUUGGUCAAAGACGUUGACCUCGCCGGUAACGCUUCCUUAGGUAUAUCUAUCGACCAAGUCAGAAACCGUGUCCUAGUCGCCGUCUCUGAUUUGCUUGGUAACCGUUACAGCGCUUUAGCAGCUUAUGAUUUAUCUACGUGGCGUCGUCUCUUCUUAGCUGAACUUAGCUGCCAUGGUAAAGAGAAAACGUUUGCAGACGAUGUAGCUGUUGAUGAACAAGGAAAUGCUUAUGUGACUGAUGCAGUAGGUAGUAAGAUUUGGAAAGUUGAUGUUAAUGGGAAGCUUGUAAGCGUUAUUACAAGUCCUCUGUUUACUCCACUUGGAUGGUACAAUAACCUUGUUGCUCUUAAUGGUAUUGUUUAUCAUCCGGAUGGUUACCUUAUCGUUAUCCACACUUUAUCUGGUUACUUGUACAAAGUAAAUGUUAGUGGUAAUGAUAAUCUAGUUAGUGUAAUUGAUGUUUCUGGUGGUACAUUGAGGUUUGGAGAUGGGCUUGAGUUGUUGUCUCCGACCAAGAUUGUUGUUGCAGGUAGUCCAAGUUCGAAACUGGUGGAGAGUUUAGAUGGGUGGAAGACAGCUUCUGUGACGAGUUGGUUCAGUAGCGGUAUGGUUCAUCGGUUAGCCUCGUCGGCUACAGUUAAAGAAGGAAGAGUUUAUCUAAACCACAUUGUUGGAUUUGGGUCUAAAAAGAAACACAUACUUGUAGAAGCUGUGUUUUAGAGUCUUCUUUGGUUAUACUUAUUCUUACAUUGUACUAAUGAUCUCUAUAUGAUUCUAAUGAGAGAUAUGAUGUAAUACAUGUUUCUAUUGAUGUAAGACUUCUUGAUAAUCAUUCAUGAGAAGAUCUUGACAUUGUUCUUCUAA